AUGAUAUUUUCACCAUUAGAUCAAUUUGAAAUUAAACCAUUAAUAACAAUAAAUAAUAUAAUAACAUUAAGUUUAACAAAUUAUGUAAUAUAUUUAAUAUUAGUUGCAACAAUAAUAUUAAGUGUAUUAAGAUUAUUAAAUAAUACUAAAUUAGGAUGA